CAUCUUCCUUCCUACACCUGUAUACGUAAUUGUAGGCAAUGCGAGACAGUACGAUUAUCUUAUUCAAUAUGCCUAGGUAACUUUAUUGGAACUACAGAACCUGAUUGAAUUUAAGCAAAAAGUCUGAUUAUUCUGUACGUAAAAAAUUGACGAUGAGAGAUUGCCCUACUGUGGAUUGGCCAUAUCCGACCGCCCUUCUCUCUUUGAAUCGCACUUGAACACAUACAACGCCUACGGUCGCAUUGCGAUGCCAUUAGGCUACCGUCUACCACCACCAUGCCGCGAAGAGCGCAAAACUACGAUGAUUAUGGAUCUGCUGUUCACCAGAUCCUACUUUCUACCUCCGAUGGCGAAUUUCUCGAUCAAUUAAUCCCCGUCCUAAAAGAUGCGACCGUGACCAAUCGAGCAACUGCUCUCACGCAGAAUCUAGCACAAUAUGCCGAAGAUAGGGAAGCAGAGAUUGAAAGAAUAGGGUUGACGAAGCACGAAGAAUUUCUAGCUUCCGUCAACCACCUCCAAAAUGUUCGCGAGCGAACCGUUGCCUUGACCGUCGAUAUCCUCGAAUUGAACCAAUCCAUUCAAGCAAGUACGGAGAAAUUGGCGGAACAGAAGCAGGCACUGGUAAAUACGCGAGCGAUACGAGAGAAUAUAUCAGAUGUAUCCGAUGCCAUGAAGGAAUCUCUGAAGAUCCUUCAUGCUGUGAAUAAUGCCCACGACUUAAUCCGAAAAAAGAAGUACUACGCUGCGCUCAAGUCCCUCGACGACCUCCAGAACGAAUUCCUCAUCCCGAUAAUACAGAAUAAUUAUGCCACCCAACACCAACUCGCCAAUCUAAUACAAAAAUCCAUUCCCGCGUCCCAGAAAACCAUAUCCGAGGCAGUCAUGACAGAUCUUAAUACUUGGUUAUUUCGUAUUAGGGAGACCUCACAGUUCCUUGGAGAGGUGGCCUUCUAUCAUACCGAAAUGCGACGCACACGGCAACGGGAUAGGGCGGAAAAAGAUGAAUACUUGAACCGUUUCAAACUGAACUCUGCAAUUGAGCUGGUCUUUGAUGAGAGUGAAGAAUUUGAUGUGCUUGAUAACGAAGAAUUAAAGGUUGACUUUACACCUCUUUUUGAGGCCUUACAUAUCCAUGAGGCGUUGGGACAGAGUGAUAAGUUUCGCUCCGAAUAUGCUGCCACCAGAAGGCGGCAAAAAGAAUUACUUAUUCCAAGUUCUGUAACCCUUGCGACCGAUGACGAUUCCUCCUUGAGUAGUUUACUAGAAGGCAUUGCUGGAUUUGCUAUAAUUGAGAAGGCCACAAUGCGCCAGGCUCCGCAGCUACGCACUGCUAUUGAUGUUGAGGAAUUAUGGGAUUCGAUGUGUUCUGCUGCGAUAUCAUUGACGUCAAAGGCGUUGAACGAUGUCGGCGAUGCACAAAUUCUUCUCAAUAUUAAAGGGCGAAUUGAUCUUUUCAUACUAACGAUGGAGGGAUGGGGAUACUCCGUCUCCAGACUUGACGAAUUCCUAGUCGACCUCUUCGAUAGGUAUGCUGAAUUGUUGAAGAGGAGAUUUAGCGAGGACUUCCAAGAGAUCGUCUCGACCGAUGAUUACAUGCCGAUGGCAAUUAAUAGUAGAGAAGAAUAUGAGAAAGUGGCUAAUGUUAGCUGGUUUACCCCAGAGAAACCCAUUGAGGAGCUUACAUUUCCAUGUGUUUUGCCCUUCUCUCAAAUGUACCCGCUGUGUUGUAUCGACAUUAGGAAUUUCCUCAACCAGUUUUAUUUCUUCUCUGAUGUCUCAGACGAUCAUUUCCAACAUCCCAAUAAAAUCGACGAUACCCUACGCAAGUCACUCGACGAACUCCUUACUGAGAAGGUGUGCCAGUCCUUGGUAGAAAGGUUAAGCUCGCAAUAUCUAGGUCAAAUCGUACAAAUCCUCAUCAACCUAGAGCAUUUCGAAAUCGCCUGUCAAGAACUAGAGCAACUCUUAAUCAGGGCGCGAUCUUCUGCAUCCGCAGGUGGUCCUUUGACCUUGGCAGCUACUGAACAAUUUAGGGAAAACAAGAAGACUGCCGAGAAGCGUAUCUUCGAAUUAGUCAACUCGAAGAUUGACGACCUAGUAGAAACUGCGGAGUAUGAUUGGACAGCAUAUAACCGUCCUACGGAGCCGAGCAAUUACAUGCAAACCCUGACCCGCUACCUUUCCAAUAUCAUGAAUUCGACACUAUUGGGUUUGCCGCGGGAGAUCAAGGAACUUAUUUACUUUGAUGCCCUCAGUCAUGCGGCAAACAAAGUUCUGGCUCUCCCCCUAUCGCCGGACGUAAAAAAGAUCAACCCGAAUGGCGUCGCGGCGCUCUCAUUGGAUGUCGAACAUCUAACCACUUUCGUCGAUGGCCUCGAGAACGGAUUUAUGCUUCGAUCCAAUCUAGAUGAAUUAGAGCAAACAAUCCAGCUUCUGCAGUCGGAUAACACAGACGAGUUUUUCGAUAUUUCGACAAGGAACAAGAAAUAUGGCCGAGUGGACGCUAUGAAUGGCCCUCUCCUAUUAGAAAAGCUCACCCAACAAAUAGCGAGCCCAGGUCAAACUGCGCAACGAUUCGCCAAUUUCUCCUCAAACUUAUCGUCGCGUUUUGGAACCAAAUAAAGCACAUAGGUACAGAUAAAUCAAACAUGUCACAUCCACGUCAUAAACAGCCAAAUCCCAUGUGUAUGUACGUAAUCAAAUUAAAAAAAAUU